GAUAGUCGAGCAGACAUUUCGAAAUUCGGUACUCAAAAUCCAAGGAAAAACAAAACCAAAAACAAGUCUGCAUUAUGCAAGCAUUACUAUGUAUUUUAAGGGGUAAAAAAACGUUCAACACAAGAUGACAAGUUCUUAACCUUCUAACUUCUAACUCUUCACUUUCUUUUCCAAAUUCUUACUAUGCAGCCAGGCACAUAUAAUAUAUUGCUCAAUCUUUGAUUUACACAAAUACUUGAAUAUCGUUGUCGCUCUCCUUUAAAAUAAACACAAAUUCAACACAAACUCCCUAGUCCCUACACAAUCAAGUUAAAAUGCUAAAAAUACGCGCGCAUUUUCUCAGGGUUCCAUGCUUAAGAGUCAUCUAGCAAGGGUCUAGUAAAGCGCCUUACAAGUACAAGCAGACAGGCAUAACUUGAAAAUUUGACAGUAUAAAAAAAAAAAACAAACAAAACAAUAAUAAUGAACAACGUCUUUCGCUGCCCACCUCAAACAUAGUUAUAAAUCUACGGUAUAACUUUUACAAAUCAAAGAAUACUCCGAAUGUCCGAAAGGAUCUAGGGAAUUUCAUUUUCCAUGCAUAAUGAAAGAAAUGGCAAGCUUUUCCACUAUUAUUGUAUUGCUUUUCUCCUUUAACAUUCAUGUCAUCCAAGGAUAUUAUUAUGACAAAGGUACGGUGCAGACCAUAACAAAAUGUCCUGGAUACUAUUGUGGAAGGUAUCAGAUCCCGGGUGAUAAUGAAACAAGUCUAUGGAGCUCAUGCGGUCCCUGCCCAAGAGGUUCAAGAGUCAACAGUACAUGGGCUUGCUCUGAAUGCACCAGUUCUCCAACUGCUUAUGAUUGGAUGUAUCUUUGCUUUAUGGUUGUUAUAGGUUUGUUGGCUCAGUGGUAUAGUAUUGAUAUGAUGUUACCAGACUCUCAGUUCUCUUGGAAAACUUUUGGAUCACAUUUUUCUGCAUUAAUUGAAACUUGUCUUUCAGCUUGUAUCACAUUACUGGUACACGAACCAUUAGGCUCACUUCAGUUGAGGUCCUGUACUGUGAAUCAUUUAUCAGAUUGGUAUACGAUUUUGCAUAAUCCAAAUCCCAACUACGAAGAAGUGCUUCAUUGCGCCCAAGAAGCAGUAUAUCCUUUGUACAGCAUAGUUUUCGUCCAUUAUGGAUUAUCAGUCUUCAUGCUAUUCUUCAUAAGACCUUGGACAAAUAAAGCAUUCCAAAAUAGAGGUCACGUGGCAUCUCGACCAAUUUAUGCCGCCCUCUAUUUGUACCCUAUCUUGGCCUUGAUCCACGGAAUUAUGGCCGGUUUAAUUUAUUAUGCCUUCCCGUCCAUCAUAAUUCUACUGUCGCUCAUGAGCCAUGCAUUUCAUUUUGCAUCGAGGACUGAUCAGUCUUGGAGAGCGCUGCUUUACGAAACAGUAUCUUGCAUCCACAAUUUGGUCGUGGUAAUUGGACACUGGGUAUUGCAUGGUUUUGGCUUGGUUGCCCUGACUCUGUGGCUGCAACCCGAAUCAUUGGCCGUCAUUCUCACUCUUGUCCCAUUACCAACUUUCCUUUACAUAGUACUCUCCCGUUUCACGGAUCCUGGAAAAUUUCAUACUGAUUAAUCACCGCGCUGUCGAAAAGAGUGCGUCUUUUUUUUCCUUGUGUUCUUUCGAAGUUGUGAAUAUUGCUGUUGCUUUAAUGUCAUGUAAGGAAAUUCAGAGUAUUUUGUUCCCUUUAAAUAUCCGUAGACGUCUUUAGAGUUGCUGAGAAAAUCUAAGUCGAUUUUAAAGAUAUAGAGGUUAUAGUUUAAAGUUCUGGACAACGGCAUCGGUUAUAAAACAUUUAAAGCUUUCUGCUUGAGCUCAUUCUGGAAUGCAUGUUGCAAUCCAGGUUAAUAAAAAAAGUUGAGUACCCAAGCCUUCUAUCACCGUACUGAAAGCUGUCGCCAUAAAAAAUUCAAGUGAAUAAUUCGAUUUUCUACUGAUUCUGAAAUUUGUGCAUGCCUGGCUUUGGUUGAUAGCAAUUGUAUGACUACGUCUCCCGUCAGCAACUGCAAUUGACUAAUGUCUUUGCCAGUGUACUUGGAAUUGUGUGAAAAUUGUCAAAAGAUAAGAAAAAAAUCAUCCAGAGUUAUCACGUAAUUGGAACUGUCAUAUGAUGUAGAGUUACCAUUAGGAUUUUCUAGCAUUUAAAUCUGGAAAUUGUCAAUGUACAAUGUGUAUCUUUCUUCUUAUUUUCACCAAGUGCUAGUUCUCAUGAAUGAUUCACGCUGAGCCGUACAUGAACUCUACAGUCGCAAAAAUGUCUGAAGUCCUAUUACAAUGUAUUGUACCGAU